ACAAAUAUAUCGCUUUUGCCGCUUUUGGAAAAGUUAAAAUGGCAGCAUUGUGGAUUUGUUUGAUCAUCAUCAAUGCAUAUACUCAAGAUAUCGUAUUUGGAAUAUGGCAAACCAGUCCUAUGGAACCACCCAACUUUAUAGUAGAACCACCGAGCCUAAUAUACUUUUCCAACACAACUGGUACGUUGAUUAGCUGCCAGGGACAAGGAAAUCCACAGCCAAAUGUUACCUGGCUACUUCACAACGAUCGUGUGGUAACUGACAUACCAAGCCUCAGGGAAAUGCGGCCRAACGGCAACUUGUACUUUCCGCCGUUCCCCGAACAGUCGUACAUGCCAGAAAUACACGCGGCGACUUACAAGUGUGCCCUGGAAAACCCAGUGGGGAGGAUCGUCUCGCGGGAGUCCAGGAUUAAAGCCGUGAUGUCAAAAUCAUAUGAGCUAUCCGUCCAAAAUGCGUUUGCUCUCCAAGGAAACGUAGCUGAAUUUAAAUGUCAAUUACCAGAGUUAACUAGUGAACAUUUGGUAAAAACCUGGUUCAAAAUGGAAGAUUCCAGGAUGGAAGUUGGCCAAUCAACACCAAUACAUCCAGGAGGACGUUACGUAAUCUCAUUAGAUGGUACUCUACUAAUUCACGACGUAGUACCUGAAGAUACGUUUGAUAGAUAUUUCUGUCAAGUUGUCAAUAAGUAUACGGGCGAUCAGCUGGUCAGUCAAUCGGCUAAAAUCGUUGUCAAACAACCUACUGAGGACAUGCCGCCAAUUAUUAAACACCAUACAGAACAUAUUCACGUUAAAGUCAAUCAAGAAGCCGAUUUGAUAUGUUUAGCGGAAGGAUUUCCGCCACCGACGUACAGAUGGUUUCGUAAAACUCAAGAUAAUUUACAAGAAAUAUCUAUGGAGUCACUGACUGUACAUCCCUAUCAAUCAUUGCUACAUAUCAUCAGAGUUCCGAUGAGCGAGUCUGCCAUUACUUACGAAUGCGUAGUUUCUAACAAACUAGGUCAAGAUAAACGUCAGAUUUCAUUAUCGGCUACYUUACCAUUUGCCGUCAGUACAUACCCAUUGAAGCAGGUAGUCGAUUCCGGUUCAACUGCAAUUUUCAACUGUACCACUCAAGGUACAUCGAUACAGCCACUGUUUUCGUGGCUYAAAGAUGGAUCACCUAUACGUGGUUUCGGUAGACACGAAAUAUCACAAAAAGGAAAUCACUUGACAAUACACAACGUUAUGAAAGAAGAUAAAGGGAUUUAUCAGUGUUUAGCUAGAGAUCCAGAAACAGAUGAGACAGCUCAAUCCAGUGUGCUCCUAUUACUCGGUGCUGUUUCACCUGAGUUAAUGGAUACUUUCCGUGAACAAAUUGUCAGAGUAAAUGGUUUCCUAUCCCUUAGAUGUACAGCUUCUGGUAAUCCUCCACCCAGAAUAUAUUGGUAUCUCGACGGAGGACUCAUUCUACCCCAAGGAGAUUAUGUAUUUGGGAGUUAUAUGCACGUAGAUGGAAAUGUUGUUAGCUAUUUAAAUGUAUCAGUGGCCGAUGUAUUACAUGGGGGUUAUUAUACUUGUUUGGCACGAAAUAUUCUAGGAUUGAAAUCGCAUUCUGCAAUGAUUAAGAUUUACGGUGAUCCUAUUGCAAGGCCACCUUCAAAUUUAACGGUGCGUUCAGAAGACGACGCAUACCUUCAAUGUCCAGUUGCUGGUUAUCCAAUCAUCAGGACAGCUUGGCCACCGGAAGCUCCAAAGCAGUUAGAUGUGGUGGACGCGGGUACUAGGUGGCUAGAAUUUCGGUGGGAUUCUGUAAAAACGCACGUGACUCAUUAUGUUCUUCAGAUGUGUAUUAAUCUUUGUUCGGAUUGGUCAAAUUACACUAUUGGUGGAAGUUUAUCGUACACUAAAAUAUCUUAUUUAAAACCCGCCACGCAGUACACGACAAGAGUUAUCGCCGUCAAUGAUUUCGGUUCAAGCAAUCCUAGCCCCAACAACACUGUCACCACUCUGGAAGAUGAACCGAGUGCACCUCCAAAUAAUGUGGAAGCCAUUGAUAUUGAUACAAAUCAAGUGACAAUUCGAUGGAAACCUCCAGAUAAAGACACAUGGAAUGGCAAAUUAACUUGCUACAAAGUAUCAUAUGCAGAUGUUAACGAAAUAACAGAAGUCUUCACGAAGACAACCCUUGGCUAUGAACGAUGUGAAAUUCGAAUCACCAACCUUAAACCAUUUACGACUUACAGGAUUGCAGUGAAAGCUUUCAACAGCGUUGGACCCGGGCCAGAUUCUGAUUUUAUACGUAUCACGACCAACGAAGGAGUGCCAGAAGAACCACCACAAAACGUUCAGUGUUCACCGUUGACGGCAGAGUCGUUGCGAAUGAGCUGGGAUCCACCGCCCAUGCAAAGCCAUCAUGGCACUAUAUUAGGAUACAAAAUACACUAUAAAAAAGUGAAUCCCAAAUCAGGGUCGUUUGUCUUAAACGAAAUGAAAAAAACGACCAAUUUGGAAACGAACCUGCAUGCUCUAGACAAAUACACUAACUACAGCGUUCGGAUUUUGGCGUACACAAAAGUGGGUGAAGGAGUACAAUCAAAUCCUGUUUAUUGCUUAACCGAUCAAGACGUCCCCGGACCUCCGGACAACGUAAAAGCACUGACGGUGACAUCCAGUAGCAUUCUCGUGUCUUGGAUGCAACCGAAGAGGCCGAACGGCGUGAUUAUCAAGUACACSGUGUACGUAAAACAUAACAAGAUCGUUGAAAAGGAAAUCGUAUUCGGUGAUAAGAGUACGAAGAUUGAGGUGAGGCGGCUCAAGGAAUUUCAACGGUACGAGUUUUGGGUGACCGCUUCGACCGUGGUUGGUGAGGGKCAACCGAGUUUCCGGGUAAGCCAGAGUCCAAAUUCCAGAGCACCAGCCAGAGUGGCGUCGUUCGGUGAACACGUGAACACCGUCGUCGGGUCCAAGUACACGAUCGAGUGUUACAGGGUGGGCAUGCCGACGCCCGUCGUCGUGUGGAAGGCGCCUGACGACGUCGAGACCAAGGUGCUACCCGACGGUAGUCUGUCCGUGGGUCCCGUGGUCGACAAAUCGUACUCGGGAAAUUAUACGUGCCACGUGGAGAACAUAUUCGGCAGGGAUCAGAUAUCGUACACGGUCAACGUACUCUACCCUCCGUCGCCGCCCGAGUUCACCGUAGAUCCGGUAUCGACCAGCUCCAUCCGGGUCCAGUGGAAGCCGGUCAAGCAGCCGGAUGCCGUGACCACAGCCUACGUGCUCAAYUACCACGCCGGCAACGAACAGCAGAAAAGUGUGGACGURGACUCCGACCGGUUUGCGUACACGGUGGAACGUUUGAAGUGCGGUACCAAAUACUCGGUGACCAUGCAAACCGUGAACACGGUCGGCAUGAGCAACGUAGGUCGUGUCGUAGAAGUGUACACGAAAGGUGGAGCGCCCAAAGAACCUGACAAGGACGCCGUGCUGUCCGUAAACUCGACCAGCGUGACGCUAAUGUUGGGUUCGUGGCCAACCCAGAUGUGUGGCAUACACUCGUUCACGUGUCAGUACACGGCCAACGGUCGUGGCGGCGGGUGGGUCAAGUUUCCCAGACAAAAACUGACAGGYGGCGACACGUUCACGGUUGGACAGCUGCAACCGGCCACCGUCUACACGGUCCGCGUGGUCGUGCACACCGAAGCCGGCGACACGUCGUGGGAGCACCGAUUUGCCACCCGAACAAAGACCGGAGGAAUAGUGCCGUUGGACUUGUACGGUGAAGACGGCGGAGUCGAUGAAGACGACGACUUGAGCAUACCAAGUUUUGCGCAGAUGCACAAAUACGUACCGGCCGCCUCGGCGCUCGUUUGCAUCGUAUCGUUUUGCGUAUGCAUAUGUGUCGUAGUUCAAAGAAGGAAAAAAGACGGAGCGCAGUACUCGCGGAGGAGGAGGGCGAGCAGUUCGGCCGAGCGGAAGUGCAGUUACGAGGCCGACAAGCAGGUCGAGUACGCGACGUCCACGCUGCAAAGGAGAAAAAGGAACGAUUCCGCGGACAAAAUGAUGUUCAUGGGCGGCGGUGGAGGCGGCAAGAGCAUCGACUACGACGUGUGUCCGUACGCCACUUUCAGCGUGAUGCAAACGGCACCGUCCGGAAGCCGGACGCCCACACACCACAGGGCCCUGAGCCAGACUGAUUGUUACGAAACGCCCGACCACAAYGUCGUCCACGGUAUGCCAAAUGACAAGUCCUACGAAAUUUCGUACAUAUCCAAUCAACAGACGCUUCCUCUGACAUCCGCCAAGUCAUCAGCGUCCAGGAAAGCCAUGACUCCCGUUCAUUUCUUGACAGACAUGGAGGACGAACAGUGUCGCAAGAUGAUGGCAUCGAACACCGUCAGAAAACAGAGUUCAGAAUCAAGAGGAGCACGAAGACAUUACAAUUAAGUUUAUGUUGAAAAGAUAAGAAAAUAUUGGAAGAAUAAAGAAUGAAAAUAUAAAUCGACUGUUGGACCAUCAUAGAUUACUUUAUCAUUUAACAUGUUUUAUA